AUGCUCUGGGGAUCUCAAUCCAAGCAAGAGGACUCGCCGGAGAAGCCCAUUCCCCGAGAGAAAUUACCUCCGCAACUGCAGCAACUCGUGGAUCAUGACGAAGGGUUCUAUGAUGAUAUCUACUCCUCCUAUUCCGUAGAUUCCACCGACACUCCCUACCGAUAUGCCGGAUACGCCAAUCGACUCCGCACCGUGUUACUCUCCGCGCAUCGUUAUGUCGCCUAUACUUCCGACAUAGGCGAAUCCUUCCGACCUGUCGCGCAUCCGUAUCUCGUGCGCUCCGCUUACGCCAUCUCCUGGUCGUACCUGAUCGGUGAUGUCGCCCAUGAAGGCUACAAGGCCUAUCUGCGCAAUCGGCGCGUGCUCGCCCCGCCCGGCGAGGCCUACAAGGACGCCAAGGGUCUCACCCAGGAUCAAGUCUUCAAGGGUAUGGCCACCGGCAAUGUCGGCGGUUCGUUACGCUCCCCCACGGGGGAAUCCGAUUCCCUCGAGCCCUGGCCCACUACCCAAAUUCCGCUCAUCGAGGAUUACCGCACGGUCAUGGCCAAGCGGGCCGUGUUCCAGAGUAUCGCCAGUAUGGGACUCCCCGCUUUGACCAUUCAUUCCGUGGUGAAAUACUCUGGGCGCGCCUUGAACAAUUCCAAGAGUGUGUGGUUUCGCACCUGGGCGCCGAUCGGACUGGGUCUCUCCGUCGUCCCCUUCCUCCCUUACAUCUUCGACGAACCCGUCGACGAGGCCGUCGAAUGGUCCUUCCGUACCGCCAUCCGCGCCUAUGCCGGCGAAGACGCCAUUCGCUCGCUGCCCAAGACCGCCGACACAGACGCUAACGCCAGCACCGCAGCCCUCCCCACCCACUCCUGGGAGGAACACAAGGAAGAACGCCGUCGGGCGAAAGAAGAGCGGAAGAAGGAGCUCGAGGAACGCGGACAGAAAGGACCGUUUGCCUUACUGGGGUUGGGGGGCAAUGAGGACUCGAAGAAGAAGACGGAGUAA